GAGCCGGGGAAGCACUUCUCCACGCACCGGCGUCUUCACAAACGCCGGCGAAACGAGACGCUCGACCUCGUCUUCUCCGCCGCCGACCGCGAGAGACUCGUUUCGUUUUGGUCGGAGAUAUGAGGGAGUGCAUCUCCAUCCACAUCGGGCAGGCCGGCAUCCAGGUCGGGAACGCGUGCUGGGAACUUUACUGCCGCGAGCACGGCAUCCAGCCUGAUGGUCGAAAGCCCAUUGACAAGACUAUUGGAGGCGGUGAUGAUGCCUUCAAUACUUUCUUCAGCGAGACCGGCGGAGGCAAGCAUGUACCUCGUGCUGUCUUCGUCGAUCUCGAACCCACCGUGAUUGAUGAGGUGCGCACUGGUGUCUACCGCCAGCUCUUCCACCCUGAGCAGCUCAUCAGCGGCAAGGAGGACGCCGCCAACAACUUCGCCCGCGGCCACUACACAAUUGGCAAAGAGAUUGUUGAUCUCGUCCUUGAUCGCGUCCGCAAGCUCGCCGACAACUGCACCGGCCUGCAGGGCUUCUUGGUCUUCAACGCCGUCGGUGGCGGCACUGGCUCCGGCCUCGGCUCGCUCCUCCUCGAGCGCCUGUCCGUUGACUAUGGCAAGAAGUCCAAGCUGGGGUUCACUGUCUACCCGUCUCCGCAGGUGUCAACAUCUGUUGUUGAGCCUUACAACAGCGUGCUCUCCACUCACUCUCUCCUGGAGCACACUGAUGUCUCCAUCCUGCUCGACAACGAGGCCAUCUACGACAUCUGCAGGCGCUCCCUGGACAUCGAGAGGCCUCACUACACCAACCUGAACCGCCUCGUCUCUCAGGUGAUCUCGUCGCUGACUGCUUCCCUGAGGUUUGAUGGUGCGCUGAACGUGGAUGUGACCGAGUUCCAGACCAACCUGGUGCCGUACCCGAGGAUCCACUUCAUGCUGUCCUCGUACGCGCCGGUGAUCUCGGCGGAGAAGGCGUUCCACGAGCAGCUGUCGGUGGCGGAGAUCACCAGCAGCGCGUUCGAGCCGUCGUCGAUGAUGGCCAAGUGCGACCCCCGGCACGGCAAGUACAUGGCGUGCUGCCUGAUGUACCGCGGCGACGUGGUGCCCAAGGACGUGAACGCCGCCGUGGCCGCCAUCAAGACGAAGCGCACCAUCCAGUUCGUGGACUGGUGCCCGACGGGGUUCAAGUGCGGGAUCAACUACCAGCCGCCCACGGCGGUGCCCGGCGGCGACCUGGCCAGGGUGCAGAGGGCCGUGUGCAUGAUCUCCAACUCCACCAGCGUCGCCGAGGUGUUCUCGCGCAUCGACAGCAAGUUCGACCUCAUGUACGCCAAGCGCGCGUUCGUGCACUGGUACGUCGGGGAGGGGAUGGAGGAGGGGGAGUUCUCCGAGGCCCGCGAGGACCUGGCCGCCCUGGAGAAGGACUACGAGGAGGUCGGCGCCGAGGGCGGCGAUGAGGACAGUGGAGACGACGGCGACGACUACUGAUCCUGCUGCUGCCGCAUCUGCUUUCUUAGUCUGCAGGAUUUGAUUCGUCUGCCAACCUUUGUGAUGCGAUCGAUGUCGAUGUGCUGCUUUGUUCCAGAAUAUGUUUAAUGUUUGUGUUGGUCUCCAUCGGUUGUUCGCUCGUACUGUUUUGUGGGAGAAUUAUCUUGCUUUAAUUCUACUGGAGUACUUUUGUUCGCUCUCUCGCUCGCUCUAGUCUCUGUUACUAUCUUGUCUUUACGUUUGCUUAUAUGAUCAACAAACACGGCGUCGUCGACGUGUGUCUAAUUACAAGUUCUCUGUCACUGCUCGCGGUGGACAGCACAUG